UGUCCCAGAAUGCUGGAAAGGGGGCCCUCCAUCAGCUGUGGUAACGUGGAGCGGGACCUCUGUCCUUGAACCCUCCAGGCAAGUCAGCCCAUCCAGCCCCGUCUCCAAGCAGGGCCACCUGGGAAACCUGGGAGCAAGAGCCCCUCCUCCUUCCAAAGGUGUCCCCUCAGGGAGGUGCUGGGCCCAUGGGCUCCUGUGCAAAACCUCAGAAAAAACAGGUCUGGUCCAAAUGGAUAAGUGGGUGUUUGUGCUGGAACAGGCAUGCAGGUCAGGGUGAGCCUGGAACCCUCCUUGGUCCCCUGGGCAGCCCCCAACUCCAGGCUUGGGGCUGAAGGGCCCCUGCGGCUUGGAAGUGAGGGAGAGGGAGGGAGGAACUUCCAGUUUCCUGGGGGAGUUUCCAGGGGAUAAUGGAUGGGGUGGGGCUCAUGAGAGGACCAAUGACCUCCCCAUCCCCUCUGCCUGGACCUGGGCAUCCCCAAGAGCCACCCCUCUGGAUCCGCGGGCGGAGGCUGUGCCCAGCCCUAGACAGCUGUCUCGGUGUGCGAUGUGCGAGGGAAGGUGUUUGUGGUGACGCAGGAGGCUCCUUCCCAUCUUGCGUUGUCUGAGGGGCUGCGUCCGUCCGCACAGGCAGGAGUGUGCUCCGUAUCCCUCCCUCCGUCUCGCCUUCAUCUCCCCUUUUGUCUUCCUGACCCCUCACUCUUUCCACUUCUGUAGCGGCCUUUUCAUCCUGUUCUCUCUCCCUCUCCCUUUCCCCCGCUUUGUUCCGUCUUUGCCUCCUCCGACCCUCACCGCCCGAUCCUCACCGCCCGCGGGUGCAGGGCCUCCCAGCCCGUGCUGCGAUUAGGAAGUUGGAAGGUCGGUCCACUGGAAGCCCCCCCUCCGCACCUGGAGUGGGAGCCGCGGAGCUUUGGUGCCUGUUACACGUCUAACUUCGCUUUACUUAAACGUAAAAGGCGUAAGAGGUCAUAGACAUGAUGUGAAAGAUGACCAGAAUCGAAAAGCGUGAGGAAACUGGAGCACCGGAGGGAGGCGUCGGGAGGCUUCCAGGGGAUGGCGCAGCCUUUGUUUUCUGGCUCUGAUUGCUGCUGCUGCCUCCAUUCGGGCCUGAGCCCGGGGCUGAGGUCACGGGCAGGCAGAGGUAGGCGCAGUGUCAAUGUCUGUUCCAAAGCACCCAAAGCCUCCUGCUCCAAGGCCCCCUGCAGGCCGGUUGAGCACACCCAGGACGCACCCAUUUCCUGCCCAGCACCCUGUCUGAUCCCUCCUUUUUCCUGGAAUUUGGCCCUUGGACAGGCCUCUCCUCCUGCCACGCCUCCCAGACUAGAUGAUCUGUCAAAUGGGCCCAGUGCAAGGAGGCACUGCAAGUGGUCCCACCUCACUGUCUCCCAAGCUCCCUCCUGAACACCAGGCUGUGGGGCCUCGCGUCCCGUGAGACCGUGUUUGUUGAGCAUCGGCUGGGAGCCUGGCUGGCAUCGCACUGGGUGCCUGCUCCUCCACUCAUUCCUCAGUGACGCCUCACAUUAUUCCAGGCUUGGGGACGAGGAAACAGCUCAGAGAGGUGAGGAGGCUUGCCCAAAGUCACACAGGAUUUGGACCCACCUCGCAGUGAUUGCAAGUAGGCCGGUGACACCGCCAGCUGGGGUCGGUCCCAGGAAAAACGGGCUGAGGCCUCAGGGACCCAGGCAGAGGCAGUCAUGGGGUGGGGGUGGGGCUCCGCAGUCCCCCGGGCAUCGUCCGCCUUCCUGCCUCCUGGCUCAGCAUCAGUGGUGGGGUCUCGGGCCAGGGGCUGGAGUCAGGCUGAGCUGAUAAGCCAGGGGCCUGUGAGGCCUCUCUAGGCGCCCAGCUCACGGGCCACCCCCGCAGGCUACAGCGCUCCUGUCCAGGAACCUGCUGUGGCUCCCCACUGCCGCAGGACAGAGCGGCCGUUCCCAAGUCCCAAGCUGGCUCCGGCCACCUCAGGGCCCAGCUGCUUUCACUCUGUGCCUUUGCGGACCGGUCUCCCUGCUGUCACACCCCUCCUCUUGGGUGGUACUGCCCCACCCCCCUGCUCUUUGUAGAAGCCCAGCCCAGAGCACAGGGGUCAAUGUCUGACCCAGGGCGUGGACUGCCGCACCCCUUCCUUCAGCUGUUUCCCAAACCUCACUCCUUCCGCUGCAGUCAACUCCCAACCUGCAUUUCAUAUCUUCCUCUCCACUUUGUCACCACCUAGCAUAUUCCCUGUCUUAUCUAAUGUCUUUCCCCCACGAGAAUGUUGGCUGCAUGGGGGCGGGGAGGGGGGGUUAUUCUGUUCAGGUCUCUGUGUCCCCUGUGUCUCCAGUGCCAGUCCUGGCUUGACACACUGCACAUGCUCAGUAAGGGUUUGUCCAAUGAAGGAGCUGACUGGCAUCCAAUGGGAGCACGGGUUCGACUGCCUAGGAACCAGCCCUCUGCCUUGCCCUUUGCAGCCUUCUCUCCCGUGAGGCCUAAAGCUGGGCACCCUGGGGGCCAUGCAGAAGGCUGGGGCCAGGGGCCGGAGGGCCUCUGACUGCGGCCCUGCCCCUCACCGACCCAGGUGCAUCACCAAGUUUGCCCAGCAGUACGUGGGUUCCUUCUCCGUGGAUGACCUGGACACCCAGGAGGGCGUGUGGCUGGUGCAACAGCAGCUGUGGGCACUGAAGGACUGUCCCCGACGCCGGGCCGUCAUCCUGAAAUUCAGCCUCCAGGGCCUCAAGAUCUACAGCGGGGAGGGUGAGGUGCUCCUGAUGGCACACGCCCUGAGGCGAAUACUCUACUCCACCUGGUGCCCAGACGACUGCCAGUUUGCCUUUGUGGCCCGAAACCCACGGAGCCCGGCCAGCAAGCUCUUCUGUCACCUUUUUGUGGGCAGACAGCCUGGAGAGGUCCAGAUCCUGCACCUGCUGCUCUGCCGCUCCUUCCAGCUUGCUUACCUCUCGCAGCACCCUGCAGAGCGGGCACAGCCUGAGCCCUGCCCGGGGCCCACAGGGGAUGUGCCCCUGAAGCCACUGGCCAGCCCUGGGAGGCCCCCUGGCCUAGUCCGGGAGCCCUUCGUCCGUGAUCAGCUCUCACAGAACGUGCGUGCACUGGUCUCCUUCCGGCGGCUGUCAGCAGAGGGGCCCAUGGGCAGUGGGAAGGAGCUGCUGGAGUUGGAAGGCUGUGGGAGUGCCCGCCAUUCCCGCCUGGGGAAUCCCUACUGCUCCCCGACCCUGGUGCGCAAGAAGGCCAUCCGCAGCAAGGUGAUCCGCUCCGGGGCCUACCGCGGCUGCACCUACGAGACCCAGCUGCAGCUGUCGGCCCGGGAGGCCUUUCCUGGCGCGUGGGAGGCGUGGCCGCAAGGUCCUGGCGGCCCCACGAGCCUGGUGGAAAGUGAGGGCAGCCUGACCGAGAACAUCUGGGCCUUUGCUGGCAUCUCCAGGCCCAGUGCCCUCGUCCUGCUCCGGAGAGACGUGCUUGGGGCCUUCCUGCUGUGGCCCGAGCCGGGCGCCUGCGGCCAGUGGUGCCUGUCCGUGCGGACACAGUGUGGCGUGGUGCCCCACCAAGUCUUCCGGAACCACCUGGGCCGCUACAGCGUGGAGCACCUGCCCGCCGAGUUCCCCAGCCUGGAGGCCCUGGUGGAGCACCAUGCGGGGACUGCACGCAGCCUCUUCUGCUCGCUCGACAUGGGCCGCCUGAACCCCGGCUACGAGGAGCAGGACUGUGGGCCCGAGAGCAGGCCUCCCCGGACGCUCCGGCCCCUUGGCCACGCCAAGUCCGAGGCAGAACUGCAGGGCCUGGGCUAGGAGGCCGGGCCCCACACCAACAGACCUGGCCUCCCCCGGGUCCCUGGGCCUCAGCAGGCCACCCUGCCCUUCUUCCACCCCCCUGGUCAGUUCCAUCCAGUCACUCAGCCCCUUGGACCAGCCUUCCACCACUUCACUGACUGUGGCGGAGCCCUGAGAUUGGGGAUUCUCCCUCGACAUGUGGCCCCUUGAGACUGCAGGGCGGGUAGCAGAUCUCCAGGCUUCCGUGAACUUGCUGGGUGGCUUGGGGGCUUGUCCUCUGGGCUUCACGGGAGCAGGAAGAGUUAGUCCCAGUGGAGGGGUAGCCUCUCCUUAGGAGGCCAGGCUCCGGGGCCCUGACUGGGAGUCUCCGGAGAGCUCGACAGGCAGCCAGACACGGAGGGUGAGGUGCCUGGGGAGGCGGGAGGAGUGAGGUUUCACUUUGGGCAAAGGCCUGGGAGAGCCGCUCUCUCAUGAGAGACACAGAGAUGACUCAGUGGAGCCCGUGGGCCACGUCCUGGCUGCCUGUUUCUCAAGUCAUCUGAGGUAAGGGAGUCUUCCCUGGAGUUCUGAGGAGCAGGGGUAGGAGGGCAGAAAGGCCAGGGUGGAGGAAGAGCCACACCACCCAAAGCCCAUGCGCGGGGUGGACACCUGUGUGCAGAGAGGGACGCGAGCCAUCGGGGCAAAGAAUCCCCGUGCAGCGCUUGGGAAGCCGGCUUGUCUGUACUCAGAACCACAGGGUGGGGAUCCCGCUCCGGGGAAGGGUUGCCCAGCCUCUUCCACUCCCCAUGACACACACACGGUGCAUUUCCUUUUGCCGCUUGACUGAGAGGGGAUAGCAGUGAGCCACGGGCUUAGAGGGUUGACCAGAGUCCCGCUCAGCCUGCAGGCUGCAGCAGGUUUGGUGGCUGCCUUCGAAGUCACCUGAUGAGGGGAUUGCCCUUAGUGUGGCGCUGACCGUGCUGUCGGGAGCCGCCGUGCCCCCCUUAGGCUAGUUCCACUGGGGAGGGGGUCAGAGGAGAGCCAUCCACAGUUAGAACUGAUGUGGGCUCUGCCAGGGGGGCUUGGCCUCAAUGGACAGAGCAAGUCACGGACAUGACUGUAGUCUGCGGGACUGAUCCCGUGCUGACGGGCAGGUAUCCCCCUUUAUUGGUACACUUGACAGACACUAAUUACCAAGCGAGGGAGGAAGCUCACUGUGGGUGAACUUCUAUUUCUAAGGCAGAGGCCUGGCCAUGAAUCUGGGGCUGCCCUCUCCCUCUCCUGGGAGUUGGAUGUGACUGUUCGGUGCCUUGAAAGUAACAAGAUUCUGACUCCUCCCAUGAAUAGCAGCCCCACAGAAGAGAAAUGGAGGGAGGGUUCUGGGGAGCUGGUGCUCCCAGCUUACAAUCCCGCUGCCAGGAGGGUCUUGGCGAGGGACCUUGUCGUUAUUGUCAGAAGAGAUAGGAGGAAGCUGCCCUUGGGGGCUCAUCUCACUGGAACUACAGCGCUGAUUCUGUACUGAACGUGAACGGGAACCCGGAAUUCCCUGUGCAGCCAUUGUUACCUGAACCCAUCUCCCUGGGCAAAGCCCUGGUCCCUAGUGGGAGUACCCAGCCCUACAUUUCCCUGGCAAGGAGAGGGGUUUGCUGACACAGGGCCCAGGAUGAGAGCACUGGAGUCGCACAUGUAAGAGCUGAUAACCGGCCCAGCUUAGGCCAGAGCUUUGCCUCUGUGAUGGAUGUGUUUUGUGCAAAUUAUCCAUGUGGAUACGGUGUCGGGUGCUCCCAAAGCACUUUAACAUUCCUUUUCACAGCAUUUAUUGUUCACGUGGCACAAAUAGGGCAAGGUUUUUGACCGUGUGUGCAAACACGUCAAUGUCUUAAUCAUAGAUCAGUUUUCUCUCUUUUCCAACCAGCACCACCUGGGUAGCCCAGCUCUCUUGACUGUAUGUACUUGAAAUAAAACGCAUUCCUUCGGA